AGACUUCGUUGCUUUGGAUCAACUUGCAGUCACAGGAGGUUGGAGGAGGACACACUUUGCUAUUGUUCCAGCUUUCACACGAGCGUGUGUGUGUUUUUGUGCAUGUUUGUAUUAAAUUGCCCUUUGGCUUUAUGGCUACGAAUUUUGAACCCAUUUACGGACUCUCAGAGGAUGAAAAUGAAUCUCGUAUUCUUCGUGUCAAGGUCAUUGCUGGCAUUGACCUGGCGAAGAAGGACAUCAUCGGUGCCAGUGAUCCAUACGUCAAACUCUCCCUGUAUGUCGCUGAUGAAAACCGCGAACUUGCCUUAGUACAAACGAAAACCAUCAAAAAGACUCUCAAUCCCAAAUGGAAUGAGGAACUCUAUUUCAGAGUCUGCCCACAGAACCACAGGCUUCUUUUUGAGGUGUUUGAUGAAAACCGCCUGGCUCACAUUGGUCAUGAUCGGUCAAAGAAUGGGCAUUUCAACCAUGGUCAGACAGAGGACCCUGCGAUGGAGCGGCCGUACACGUUUAAAGACUUUCUCCUGCGUCCAAGAAGCCAUAAGUCUCGGGUGAAAGGCUACUUGAGGCUGAAGAUGGCCUAUCUGCCAAAAAACGGAGGACAUGAGGAAGAAAGCAGUGAGAUGAGAGAAGAAGCUGAGGGCUGGGAAGUGACAGACUCCACGGAUCCAGGUUCACAGAGACCUCAGCAGCUCCUGCCUCCGCUGCCUCCAGGCUGGGAAGAGAAGGUGGAUAACCUGGGACGGACAUACUACGUCAACCACAACAACCGCACCACACAGUGGAAGAGGCCCAGUAGUGUGGAUGUGGUUUCAGAAACGGAAAAUGAUAAUCACUUGCGGCAGAUUAACCAGGAAGCCCACAGAGUUUUCCGCUCUCGACGGCACAUUAGCGAAGACCUGGAAAACGAGCAGCUGGACAUCAGGGACAUAGACGACUCAUGGGAACCCAUAUCAGAGGAGGACCCAACUUUAAUGACGGACAGUCUGAACCAUUCUCUGUCUGGACCGGCCUCUCUGGCAAUGCCCCUCCCUAGCACUCCAGAAUUCUCAGAUGAAAUCAGCCUUAGAUUGUCUCUCGCUCCAGACACGAACGGAGAAAUCCCAGGACCCAGCUCUGCUGUGCAGAGUCAUCUUUCCUCUCGGCUACGCUCCUCUAGUAUGACCGAUGGAGUCAUUGAUCAAGCUCAACCUCCCACACCAACGAGCUCCCAGACCCGACGAACAAGAGCACAAACGGUCACAGGCGUUGAGGACACCAUGUCUCCAUCGGCCUCCUACGCCCUGACCACACCAGGCCUUCCGCCAGGCUGGGAGGAACGCAAAGACAACAAGGGACGAAUGUACUACGUCAACCACAACAACCGUAGCACAACCUGGACGCGGCCCAUUCUGCAGCAGCACACUGAAGAUGGAGCCAGUACCUCAGCUGCGGCAGUAGGGGGCGCUACAGCAGCCACGCCCCCCGCUUCCACCCCUUCCUCCACCAGCGGCCAUCUAAGCGAACCUCAAGUGCGCAGACCCCGUAGCCUCAGUUCCCCCACCGUCACUCUCUCUUCCCCGCUAGAGGGAGCCAAUAACGCCCAGAUACGGCGAGCCGUAAAGGACACGUUUUCCAACCCUCAGUCCCCGCAGCCUUCUCCCUACAGCUCACCCAAAUCCCAGCAUAAAGCAAACCAGAGCUUCCUGCCCCCUGGAUGGGAAAUGAGAAUAGCACCCAAUGGACGGCCGUUCUUCAUCGACCACAACAGCAGAAUCACCACAUGGGAAGAUCCUCGCUUAAAGUAUCCCGUUCACAUGAGGACAAAAGCAUCCCUGGACCCUGGCGACCUCGGCCCACUUCCACCUGGGUGGGAGGAACGAGUGCACGCAGACGGAAGAACCUUUUACAUCGACCAUAACACCAAAAAAACACAGUGGGAAGACCCUCGCCUCCAGAGUCCUGCCAUAACUGGACCCGCGGUGCCAUAUUCCAGAGAAUUCAAGCAGAAGUAUGAUUACUUCAGAAAGAAGUUAAAGAAGCCGGCAGAUAUUCCAAACCGUUUCGAGAUGAAGCUGCACAGGAAUAACAUCUUUGAGGAGUCGUACAGACGAAUCAUGUCCCUGAAGAAACCCGACAGUCUGAAGGCCCGUCUGUGGAUCGAGUUUGAAUCGGAGAAAGGCCUGGACUAUGGGGGCGUGGCCAGAGAAUGGUUCUUCCUGCUCUCCAAGGAGAUGUUUAACCCUUAUUAUGGGCUGUUUGAGUACUCGGCCACAGAUAACUACACCCUUCAGAUCAAUCCAAACUCUGGCCUCUGUAAUGAGGAUCACCUCUCAUACUUCAAGUUCAUCGGUCGGGUGGCUGGCAUGGCUGUGUAUCACGGAAAGCUGUUAGACGGUUUCUUCAUUCGACCAUUCUAUAAAAUGAUGCUGGGCAAACAGAUCACACUGAAUGAUAUGGAGUCAGUGGACAGUGAAUACUACAACUCUCUCAAGUGGAUUCUGGAAAACGACCCCACAGAACUGGACUUGCGGUUCUGCAUUGAUGAGGACAACUUUGGACAGACCUAUCAGGUGGAUUUGAAGCCAAGCGGAUCAGACAUGGUUGUAACCAAUGACAACAAAAAAGAAUACAUAGACCUGGUGAUUCAGUGGCGGUUUGUGAACCGGGUCCAGAAACAGAUGAACGCCUUUUUGGAGGGCUUCACUGAACUCAUUCCCAUCGACUUGAUAAAGAUUUUUGACGAAAAUGAACUGGAGGUAACAACUUCCCACAUACUCAUUGUCAUGGAGACUGAAUCCUCCAUGUCCAAGACUUUCAUAGAAUUAUACAAAAUAAACCUUUUAGCACCCUUAGCUGUCUUGUUAAUGGAUGCGGAAAAGCGGAUCAGACUUUUGCAGUUCGUCACUGGAACAUCCAGAGUGCCAAUGAACGGCUUUGCUGAACUCUACGGUUCCAAUGGGCCCCAGUUGUUUACUAUCGAGCAGUGGGGGACACCUGACAAACUCCCUCGUGCUCACACCUGCUUUAAUCGCCUGGACCUCCCGACGUACGAGUCAUUUGAAGACCUGCGAGAGAAGCUUCUGAUGGCGGUGGAAAACGCCCAAGGCUUUGAGGGCGUCGACUAAAGAAAUCCCUUUAUAUCAAUGCGAUCUCCUAACGCAACCGAUGAGCAAAGACAUGUACAACACACUCGCACACACGUCUAUACUCACAUAUACACACUCUCGAGUUGCCAUUGUACAGCCAGAUCCCAGCAGUCGCAGGUGUGUGAUGUCAGCACAGUAUAUGCAUGUAAUCUGUCUAGCUGGAACGACAUUGGCUGUGAACCCGUUUUGAUGCCAAACAGCCCACAAAUCCCACAAAUCACGCUCUCUAAUAACAUGUUUUAUUUCAAAAUCCAGCUCUUGAGGCCGUGACGACUUUUAUUUUGAUAGUAAAUAAGAAACUUCAGUAUUUGGGUGUGGCCUCAGAGUGGGCGUGGCCUUGAUAUACCACCGCAACCAAUCCCAUUAAUUCCACAAACAUAAUAUAAGUUCAGUGAAGAGGCAACUCUCUUAUCAGGUCUUACUAACACCAGAUUACCUUAGGAAUGACAGCCAGGAUGAAGGACACAUCCUCAUCCUCCCUUAUCCCGCAAAGUACGCCAAGUUUCCCCUUCCUUCCUUCCUUCGUCGAGGAUUAUUUUUUUUAUCUUCUUUUGCAACGCCAAGAAGCAACGGGAAUCGUUUUUAAUAGUUUAUUAUUAUCGCUGUUAUUAUCAUUCUUUCAGAGUAAACGGAUUAUUUGUACCAACAAUGUGGUUUACUAUUUUAAACAACGUUAUCGGAAAUGCAUUAGUGGCCUGGCUAUAUUCAAUUCAAUAUCCAUAUCAUUGUGGGUUAAAAAGAAAAGAAAAAACAAACAAACAA